CAACAACUAGAAGGAAUGCUUAAUCUUUAUGACUUGAAAGUAUAUCCAAAUAUGUAUUUGAAGCUUCAAGAAGCAAGGAUGAUUUUGACAACACCUAGUACUAACUCUCUUGAUAUUACAAGAGAAAAACUUCAGUUAUUCAUACAAUAUUGCAAGAUAAAAAUAAAUUAG